AUGAUAGCCCCCCCUCAUCUGGCUGCAACACUCAACAAUAGUGGUGGGGGGUCUGGAAGUAACAACAAUAAUACUGGUAAUACUGCAAGUAAGAGCAUCAAUAGCGGUUUGAGUGCCCCAGGAGUUGGAGGAGCUGCAGGUUUAGGAAGCCACCUUGGAGUUGGAAUAGCUGGUGGAGCAGCAAUAUCGUCGUCGGGGGGAAGUGCGGUAGUGGUUAGUGGAAGCCAGGAUAGUUUGAGUGGCUUCGUGCUUAGUGGUGGGAGUGGAGGAGGAGGAGGAGGCGGAGGGGGUAACGGCAACGGAAGUGGAAGUAGCGGCAGUGGUUCCAGCCGCACCUGCUCCAAACAACAACAGCAGGAGCAGCAAGAACAACAGAAUGUGUUACAUCGCAAGAGCACUAGUAAUAAUAGUUCCAAUACCAACAGCGAUAGCACUAAAUCUAGUAGCGAUUAA